AUGGAUGUAAAUGUUCCGUUUUCGACCAGAGCAAACGCCUUUAGUAUAGCAUCACUCAUGUCUGGUCAACUUUCAGAAACUUUUGGAUAUUCAAAUCUACAGAAUGGAAAUGAAUAUUUCUUUGAUUGGAAUAAUCCUGGAUAUGGCAUGAAAAAUAUGGAAGCUUGUCUUCUUCAUGCCGGAACCGGAAGACCAUUUUAUGAACCAUUGAGAUACGAAGGGUUUACAGACAGUUGUACAAGGGUACCAGAUACAGACUGUGACAAAACAAUCCCAUCAGACUGUAUAAAUUCAUGUAAAACUGACAAUGAAAGUUUAGGAAUUGAAAACGAUGGGAAAGAGCCAAAGAAACCAAUCCAUUUAAAAUUAGCAAGUGUACAAGUACAACUUGAAAUGAAGUCAUUGUGGGACGAAUUUGAUGAACUCGGCACGGAGAUGAUCGUCACCAAGGCAGGAAGGCGAAUGUUUCCAACAUUUCAAGUUCGAUUAUAUGGGUUGGACCCUAUGGCAGAAUAUAUGUUAAUGAUGGAUUUCAUACCGGUUGACGACAAAAGAUACAGAUACUCAUUUCACAGCUCUAGCUGGGUAGUUGCGGGAAAAGCUGAUCCAAAUAUGCCCGGACGAAUUCACGUGCAUCCUGACUCGCCAGGCAAAGGAGCUCAAUGGAUGAAACAAAUUGUAUCAUUUGAUAAAUUAAAAUUGACAAAUAAUCUACUUGACGAUAAUGGCCACAUCAUUUUGAAUUCAAUGCACAAAUACCAGCCUCGAUUUCAUGUAGUUUAUGUAAAUCCAAAAUCAGAAGAUUGUUCGAACACAGAAUGUUUUAAGACGUAUACCUUCCAGGAAACUAAGUUCACUGCAGUCACUGCCUAUCAGAACCACAGGAUAACCCAGCUCAAGAUAGCCAGUAAUCCAUUUGCCAAGGGCUUCCGGGAUGUCGACCCAAAUGAAUGUAUGGUAGAUGUCAUUUCACAUCUUAAUCCAUGCGGAAGACCUCGGAAUCAUCACAGACCUUCGAGUAUGUCACAGAACCCGGAUGGUACAUCAAGAAAACGCCAAUGUGAUAAAUCUUCAUCUGAGUCCGACGAAUCACAGCUGUCACCUGCCAGUAUGAACAAUUCAAAUUUGUCAAUGACAUUACGACUUCCUACGCGGACAACUUAUCCUGAUCCGUACAAUUAUAUGUCUUACCCACAUGACACAUAUAUGAUGGCAGCAAAGACACGACCCUCUCCGUAUCCACGGAACAUGGACUAUACUUCAUAUCAUCAUGCCCGGAUGUCUAUGAAGGAAAUCUACCAAGGAACGCCCGGUUCUUGUGGUUACAACUAUUGAUUCUCUCUGUGAUCUUCUGUUAGUGUAAAUAUUAAAAUAUUUGGUGCCAUGACUAUGCGGAUGAAUGUUUUGUGGAGAUGUGCGGCAUGUAACAAGUAUGAAUCUGAUUUGUAAUUGUUUUU